AUGGCCAAAGUUCGUGAGAUGUUAUGUUCCCUCUUUGAUUUAUAUGUUCAAAUACAUUCUAAGGCCGAAUCAGUUGUUGGUAUAUCAAGUACCUCAAAUAGUGUUCGUUCUCAUGUUGAUGACAUGGUAUCAAAGGAAUUCAUGGAUGUUAUGAAGGAAUUUGAUACCUUUGAAAGUGAGGAGUCUAUCACAUCUUCCCAAAAGUCACAGCUGCAAUUAGUGCUUGAUCAAUAUCGUAGUGCUCUCAAACCUGAAAAUGUUGAGGCACUAAUUUGUACACGAGACUGGAUAUUUGGUGACCAAGAAAAUCCCACUAUGGCACCCAACUUGGAAGAAUUGACAGAGGAUAUUAGUAACAUAGCCAUAAAUCUCUCCCAAUCUGCUGAGUGCUCCAAUACCAUCGCUGCUACUGGAAAUGUUGGAUUUGGAAUGUUUAAGCUGGAAAUGUUUGAUUUGGCUGAAUAUUUGAGCUGGUUUAUGAUGGAUUUGAAGCAGGUCACUAAACAGGUUAUUAAACAGGUAGGUUACCUGUUUAUGACCUUAGAUUUGAAGCAUGUUUUUAAACAGGUCGUGUUUGGGUUUGCAAUUCUUGACACGAUUAGUAAACGGGUCGUGUAUGGGUUGAGGUUUUUUGACACGUUUAAGAGUUCGACACGACACGAACCUGACACGACACGACCCAUUGCCAGCGCUAUCCACAAGGUUGAUCUUUGCAAAAGCCCAACUGCAGAUAAGGUGAUUCAACCUUUGAAGCUUGACAAUUCAUAUGACACCUUGACCACUGGUGAAGAAGACAAGAACUGGAAAAUGAUGGUUACCUCACGAGGUGUUUGGAAGGGAAGAAAACAAUGGAUAGACUUGCUGCUAUUGUUGUUGGAACCAGUAGUCGUGGGGGAACAGAGGGCACCACUGAGUUAUUAG